AUGCGCUUCCUUCCCAUGAUCGCGGGCUUCAGCGCCCUGGCCGCCGCCGCCCCCGCCGAGCUCGACACCCGCGGCUCGUGCACCUUCACCGACGCCAAGACGGCCAUGUCCAAGAAGACCUCCUGCACCGACAUCGUGCUCAACAACGUCAAGGUCCCCGCCGGCGAGACCCUCGACCUCACCGGCCUGAAAGACGGCACCAAGGUCACUUUCCAGGGCACCACCACCUUCGGCUACAAGGAGUGGGAGGGCCCCCUCAUCUCCGUCGGCGGCAAGAAGAUCACCGUCACCGGCGCCUCUGGCAGUCUCAUCUCCUGCGAGGGUGAGCGCUGGUGGGACGGCAAGGGCGGAAACGGCGGCAAGAAGAAGCCCAAGUUCUUCAAGGUCAAGAUGAACGACGGCACCAUCAACGGCCUCAAGAUCAAGAACACCCCCGUCCACGGUUUCUCCAUCAGCGGAGUCACCAACCUCAAGGUUAACAACGUUGAGAUCAACAACAAGGACGGCGACUCCAAGGGUGGCCACAACACCGACGCCUUCGACGUCGGCUCGUCCACCGGCGUGACCAUCUCCGGGGCCAAGGUCUACAACCAGGAUGACUGCCUCGCCAUCAACUCGGGUACCAACAUCGUCUUCGAGAACGGCUACUGCUACGGCUCCCACGGCCUGUCCAUCGGCUCCGUCGGCGGACGCUCCGACAACACGGUCAAGAACAUCGUCAUCCGCGACUCGACCAUCGAGAAGGCCGACAACGGCAUUCGCAUCAAGACCAUCGCUAAGAAGACCGGCUCCGUGAGCGGCGUCACCUUCGAGAACAUCACUCUCAAGAACAUCAACAAGAAGGGCAUCGUGAUCCAGCAGGACUACGAGAACGGCAGCCCCACCGGCAAGCCCACCGCCGGCAUCCCUAUCACCGAUGUCACCGUCAAGAACGUCAAGGGCACCGUCGCCUCCAAGGGCACCAACGUCUACAUCCUGUGCGCCAAGGGCGCCUGCUCCAACUGGAAGUGGUCUGGCGUCUCCGUCACCGGCGGCAAGACCUCCUCCGAGUGCUCCGGCAUCCCCUCCGGCUCCGGCGCCAAGUGCUAA